CUGUCCCCGGGCGGGGACGGACCCUCCAGCGUGGCCAUCCCCGAGCAGGUGCCGCAGGGCUGACUGAGGCUGAGCCGCCAUGAAGAGCCUGAAGGCCAGGUUCAAGAAGGCAGAUGUGAGUGCCACCCCUGGGGACGUGGGGACACGGGGAUCUGCUCCAGGAUGUCCUCAAGGACACGGGGACCUGCCCUGGGAUCGUCGCAGGGACGUGCCCUGGGACACGGAGUGGCCGCUCACCACGGGGACAGCAGCCCCACGGAGGCGGUCCCGGCUCCCACUGCCGCAGCCCCGGCCCCCGCCCGGGCGGCGAUGCCGGAGCGCUCCGGGCUCGGGGGUGCCCGUGCUGGCCGGGGCUGGGGGCGGGGGGCGCAUGGCGUCCUCCCGCCGCCUCCUGCUCGGCACCAUGAAGCAGAUCUGCCUUUGUGCCGCCGCCUCCUUCGCGAGCCAGGACUGGACCAAGAACGACGAGAAGCUGCUGCAGGCCGUGGACUACAACGAUGCCAGCCGGGUCACGUCGCUCCUGCUCCGCAAGGGCCUGGUGCCCACCAAGCUGGACUCGGAGGGCAAAUCCGCGUUCCACCUGGCUGCCACGCGGGGGAACGUGGACUGCCUGGAAGCCAUGCUGGCCCACGGCGUGGAUGCCAUGACCAAGGACAGCGCGGGUAACACUGCCCUGCACUUGGCCUCCAAGCACGGCCACCCCCAGUGUGUCAGCAAACUGCUGCAGGCCUCCUGCCCCGUGGACGUGGCCGAUGGCAGCGGCCGCACCGCGCUGCACCUGGCGGCUGCCAGCGGCUGCAUCUCCUGCUCCGAGAUCCUCUGUGACUUCAAGGCCCCUUUGAACAGCAAGGACAAGGAGGGCUCCACGCCGCUGAUCCUGGCUGCCAAGAUGAGCCACUCGGAGCUGUGCCGGUACCUCCUGCACCGCGGGGCCGCCGUCAACAGCCGGGACCUGCAGGGCAGGACAGCGCUGAUGUUGGCCUGCGAGAGCGGCAGCGUGGACACCGUGGAGGUGCUGGUCAGCGCCGGYGCCCGCGUGGCCGUGGUGGACGCCACCGGGCACGACGCCGCUCACUACGGGCUGGCCACGGGCAACGCCCUCAUCCAGCACCUCCUGCAGGAGGCGGCCCAGCGCCGCUCCUGGGCCAGCGAAGAGGAGUCGACUGAGCAGACGUCACAGACAUCUUCGCCCAGCCAGUCGUCUGUCAGGGACAAGAGCAGCACCCCGAGGAAGAGRAAGGCCCCUCUGCCUCCCCCGGGCACCUCCAGCCAGGAGGACCGGGAUGCCUAUGAGGAGAUCGUGAGGCUGCGGCAGGAGAGGGCCCAGUUCCUGCAGAAGAUCCGGGGCCUGGAGCAGCAGGAGAAGCAGAGACGGGAGCGGGCAGAGCUGGAGGAGGGCUCCCUGCGCUCCAUGGAGAAGCAGAUUCGGGAGCUGGAGGAGCGGCUGGCGGCGCGGGAUGGGGAGAAGAAGAAGCUGGGCAAGGAGGUGGAGGCUCUGCGGAGCCGCCUGUCCUCGCUGGAGAACGAGAACACGAGCUAUGACAUCGACACGCUGCAGGAUGAGGAGGGAGACCCGCUGGAGUUCCCAGGAGCAGAGAUGCUGCUCUCCAAGAAGACGCUGAGCCCCUCGGCUGAGGAGCUGCUGGCCACRCUCCAGGGGCAGGUGAAAUCCCUGACUGUGCAGAACAAGGAGCUGAAGGAGAAAAUCCAGGUGCUGGAGAACUACGAGCGGGACGAGAGCAGCCCCCCUGCCCCGGGGRACAUGGUGCCCGCCAGUCGGUACCAGGCCCUGCAGCGGGAGCUGGAGCAGCUGCGGGCACAGAGCAGGGAGGCCAAGGCCGGCGGGGACGGGCAGCGUGGGGCCUCGGAGCCCAUCCCGGGGGGAAGCGCGGGGCUCCGUCCCGAGGAGCCGGCCUGGGCCCGGGGCGAGCGCAAAGUGGCGCUGGGCGAGCUGGGGGUGCAGACAUCCCCCUCCUCCUCCCCGUCCGGCGAGCGGGCGCCGGGCGCGGAGCUGGCGGAGGCGCGGGCGGCCCUGAAGCGGGCACAGACCGAGCUGGAGGAGCGCGAGCGGCGGCUGAAGGAGCUGCGGGCCCGGCUGGAGGCUGCGGAGGCCGCGGCCUCGCCGGGAGCCUCUGCAGAGGAGGCGUCGAGGGAGAAGGAAGCGCUGCUGGAGCGCUGCGGGCGCGCCGAGGCCGAGGCCCAGGCGCUGCGGCGGGAGCUGGAGGCGCGGCCGCGGGACACGCCGGGAGCGCUGGCGCAGCGGCUGCGGGAGCUGGAGCGGCGGCACGAGAAGACGUGCGAGGAGGUGUUCCGUGUGCAGCGGCAGGCGCUGUUCAUGAAGAGCGAGCGGCAGGCGGCCGAGGACAGGCUGGGCGCCGUGCAGAAGCAGCUGGAGCAGGCCAAGGACGAGGCGCGGCGCAUGCAGGAGCUCCACGGCCACGCCGAGGAAGCGGCGAGGCUGGUCAGGGACAGGGACAGGAAGAUCACCGAGCUGUCCAAGGAGGUUUUCAGGCUGAAGGAAGCCCUGAACGCCCUCCCCAAGUCUGCAGAGCCCCCAAAGUCCUCCCCCAACACGGCCGCGCUCCAGGCCCAGAUCCGGGCGCUGGAGGAGAAGCUGCAGGAGACGGAGACGCGGCACAGCAAGGUGGUGACGCUGUACCGGAGCCACCUGCUCUACGCUGUGCAGGGCCACAUGGACGAGGAUGUGCAGAGACUCCUGUGCCAGAUCCUGAGGAUGCAGCGGCUGCAGGAGCAGGGCAGAUGAGCCCCCCCAGCACGGGUGGCACGGGGAGGGGGACACAGCUCUGUCACUGCACCCUCUGUGUCCCUGGCGCUGGCACCCACCCCACUCCCAGCACAGCAAUAAAGUUAUUUAUAGUCACACCAA